AUGCGAUCACUUUUCCUGUUACUACUCAACACUAUCGCAGCGUCCGCUAUCCCCGACAGAAAUUGCCGAGGAGUGUAUUUCGACAACAAAUACUAUGACAUACAAAUACUCAAAGAGGGCAUCAACAAGAUACAUCAGUUAGUACUUAAUAAUAAUGACAACACAAUAUACUUUACAUUCGGACAAAUAGGUGUUGUGCCAUAUAGAAGCUUAGGAUAUUACAAUUUAGAUACCAGGCAAGCAGGUUUAAUAGGAGGUAUAAGAAACGCAUCUGGUGUAGCUGUAGAUCAAAAUAAGAAUAAAGUUUACGUAGGAGGUAUCGAUGGAGUAUACGCUUUGAACAGAGAUAGGCAACCUGAAAGAUAUCCUAUAUACGAUAGUAUUCAUAAGUUGUUCUUCAGAGAAGUUCUGUACUAUAUAAACGUGAGGAAUGAAGCUUUUAUAUUCGAUAAUGGAGUCAUAAAUCCAAUGAUGGAGUUGCAGAAUGAAAAAGUAGAGGAUAUAAUAGUAGACGACGAUGACAACGUUUUCUUUCUACAAAACGAUACUUUGUUUAGAAUAAAAUUGGGUACUAGAGCCAUUAAUAUUCACGAAGGCUAUCCAAUCGAUGUAAUGGCAGUGGAUCCAUAUUACAGAGCAUUUUUUGGCACCAAAAACGGCGUUUAUAUUUAUAAUAAGUACAAAUUCGCAUUGGACAGAGUAUCCCGUAUAAGAGAUUUAAGAGCACUGGCUUUUACUAAAAACAUGGACCCGAUUUACGCCGUUAUCGAUAUUUUAAUAAAACUAAAUCCUAAUCCCAAUAAAUGUAUCGAAUAUAGAUAUUAA